CCCAUCCACUUCACAACAACACAUUCUACUAAUGAUAUUCUAGUUGUCGUGGCAACUCCAACGCUUCACGGCUUAUAAAAGGCCAAGAGAUGUGUUUGGGAGACAGGUUGGUGUUGAACGUCAGCACGAUGAACCUCUCGGACCCAAGCAGCUCCAAAACCAACACCAGAUUCCUUCUGGACGCCAUCUCUAAAGAUAAGAUCCACCUCACCAGAUUUAUUUUAGAUGCACUGGAUGGUGAAAUCAUCGACUCCAAGACGGACGGGACGCAGACGCCUCUCAUCUCUGCCGUGUUUCUCCAGGACGAGCAGGCGAGGGGCAGGUUUAUGAAUCUUCUGUUGCAGCGGGGUGCAAGCGUGAACUGCCCGGAUGAGAGCGGCCGUACGGCGCUGAGUUAUGCCUGCGAGACGGGAUGUCUUGACGCUGUGAAGAUCCUGGUGAAAAACAACGCCGACCCCGAGAUGGCAGACAGCUGGGGAAACACGGCUCUCAUGUACGCCGUCGCUGCCGGACGUUCGUCAGUUGUGGAGUUCCUGGCGCGAGCUUUCAAAAGACUGGGUCUUCAAAUCCACCGGCAGAACAAAGUGGGCAAUUCUGCGGUGGAGGUGGCCAGAUAUCUCAGACACACCGAAUGUUUACGGGCUCUGGUGAGCAACUCCAAGAAGAUUCACCCUUAUGUCGUGUGUGAACAACAUUCCACUGUGAACAUCAGUGAAGAUGAAGAGAAGUUCUUUGAGCGCAGUGAGAUCCGCUCGAGAGAAACUUCAACUGAACGUGAGCAUCAGCUGCUGGUGGGUUUACGGAACAGAAUCCAGUCGAUGGACUCAAUCGAGGAAUAUGAGAAGGAAAGUGAGGUUUCAUCAUCAUCACAAAGCCUCACGUUCUCUGGUGCUUUAACCCCAAAACCUCCUGAGAAACUCUCCCCAAAACACCCAAAACAUGAAGGACGAGUGUCCACCAAGACGCCCUUGUUCAGAAACUCAGUGAUUUACUCCCCCAGGCCCUUCAAGACUCCCUCAAGAUGCUGUGUGUCUCCAUCAGGUCCUCUUGGCAUUCUGUUGACUCCUAUUGCAAAAAGUGCCAGAGAAGAACGAGACCACCUCGAGAGACCUUUCGAUGUUCCCAUCAGACGCUUUGAUGACAGUUAUUAUCAGAAGAGAUGCAGUUUACCCACCUGCGUUCUCGCGCCACCGGCCACCGAGCGUCUGACGUCUUUACGCAGAAGCAAAACUGUGAUGAAAAGCCCCAAAACUGCAGACGAUCCUCCGCCCACAGCUGCUCCUCACGGCACCUUAACUUCACUCGGUACUAAACUCUUGAGGAGAUUCACUUUUCCAGAAUUUAAAAAGAUCGUCAAAGAGUCACGUGAGGCUCACGCGACGCGGGCCGAAGCUUCAGAACCAGACGGACGGAGCAUCCCGAGAUCAGAGACGAAGAAUCAUCCUCAGGUCGGGAACAAACCGAGCGUAGACAGCAUCAGUGCUGUGAAGUGUGAGUUUGAUUUUCACUUUAAAACCACUUCCGACUUCUGCGCUCUGUCACGAGUCUCCGCUGAAGCUGAAGUCGAGAAUCUGUCCGGACUCUCACCGAAUCCAGAUCGGGAUAUUUUUGUAGUUCGGGAGAACGGGAGCACGUGCCUGAUGGCGGAGUUUGCGGUGAAAUUUCUCAUCCCGUUUGACGUGCUCGCGCUCAACGGAAUCGAUUUAAUAACGGAGCAGACAACUGUGUCGAUCCCGCGCGGCGCUGAGAUCGCGGGGAAAUGCGGCGCGCGUGAGUCUGAGCUGCACAUCUCGUGGGUUAAUAGCGCGUUCACGUUCCGCAUCUUUUUCUUGAAGGAGAAUCGCAUGAUGGGCAGUGAUGGUAAUGCUGAAGAAUCUGAAGUGUGGAAGAUCAAUAAGGUUCAGCUGGUUUAUGACACAUCAGAGAUUACACACUUUGUAAACGCUUACAACCCGGGGAAACACACGGCCAGCACACACCGUCUGUCAGCUCUCGUGACUCCGGCCGGCCGUUCAUAUGUGUGUGCGGCUCAACAAACGCUCACGUUGAUCUCCACGGAUCAUCAGAAGGGAGUCACAGUCUCGCUGUACGACAUCCAGGUUCAGGCCUUCGACAUCCAGAGCGACUUCAUAUUCAGUGAACCGUAUAAAUGCAUAACAGACCAGCGGGAGCAGCUGGAACAAAUGCUGCCUCUGGUGUUGGGUCUUAUCCUCGGUCUCAUCAUCGUCAUCACCAUCUCCGUUUAUCAUUUCCACCUGAAACUGACCGCACAACAGCAGCCGCAGCUCCCGCGAGACCGCUCGCUCUACAAGAACAUGUGAACGUCACCGCGCUGACGUCACGCUCCCUUUACUUUUAUAAGCGGCUCGCCUGUCUAAUGUCUUGUAGUGUUAUUAGCAUCAAAAGAUGUUGAAUCACUGUCAUACUGUAAUUCUGUUGUGGAUGACAUGAAUGUCAGUGUAUAAAAAUAGAGCCAUUGAGAUGCUUGAAAAAUGACAUAAAGUACUAAUGAAAUAAUGAAGAUUUACACGAUAUAAGAGAAAAACUAAUAAUACUGAAGAAUUUAUCUGUGAUAAGGGUGUAUCAAGUUUUCUUUUGAUCAUUAUUUUUUCAAUCAUAAAUACGUUUGAACCAUUGUG